AUGCCGUCGAAUUGUCGGGAAAGUGAGGCGUCGUGCCUCGAAAUGAUUCGCUCGAUUAUUCGGACGAACGCCGAUGAGAAUUCGAAAUGGGUCGAGGUGUUCGUCGAUUUCGAGAACGCGCAACCGACGCCCGAUGAGUUUGACGUCUACCAGAUCGCCGAGGAGGUGCUGAGCGAUUGCGAUCGAAUUCUCGACGACGUCUCGUCGUAUGGUGAAGGCGGUUAUCCGGAACGGUCGCAGCUGAAAAAUGACAGCGAUACUGAAGCAUUGAGGGCUCUGAUGAAGAAGCUUGAGCCAUUCGUGGCGAGAACCUACUCAUAUUACGAGCACGUCGCCAAAAUUGAGAAGAUCGUCCCAAUGCUAUUAUGGGAACUGAGCUCCGGACCACUUCCGCUUGAAGAGCAGCUUGCCAACAAGCAAUCGAUAGCGAAACAGUUUGCCAGAAUCAUCGGAUUCGUUCUCGACUUUGACGUGAAGAAAAUGCGAACCGCACAAAUCACCAAUGAUUAUAGUUAUUAUCGAAGAGCCAAACAUAUCGUUUAUCAGGAUUUCGAGGAUCCUGGUGUCACCGAACUGCCGCAAGUCCAGAUGUUCUUGUGCGAGGGAAACCCGAUGCUGCGAGCACUCUGCAAUGGAGUUGAUCAGUUUACAAGUGCCCACUCGAACAUCCCAAUUAGGAACACAACCGAUUUAUUUGUUACAAUUAUCAACGUUUGUCGAUUCAUGCUCUCCAACGAUGAUUGCCUCUCACGACUAACCGAAUCCUCAAGACAUUUAUGCUGUCGUGUAAUGACCGGAUUGGUGAUUCUCUUCGAUCACGUCGACCCAAACGGAGCAUUCGUGCCGAAUUCGCCGAUCGAUAUUCGCGACGUCGUUAGACUCAUCAAAGCGCAAUCACCAGCUAAUAAGGCCGACUGCCUUCUCGCUGGCUUGCGCUUCACCACAAAACACUUCAACGACACCAGCACACCAAAAUCAAUCCGCAACAUCAUCGAGAUCAGCACAAGAUGA